GAUUGUAAUAAGCACCGGAAGUGAGCGUCUGCAUUUUUGACAAAACCAGAUAGCAUUUGAUGUUUUUGUCAGAACAAUUUAGUAAAGCUUUGACAAUUUUCUUUAUCUUUAUUGUUUUAGGAUCUCAGUGAUAAAGUUCAUUUAUUUCACGGCCUUUCUCAGGAUUUCUAACGUAUUUUUUAAUUUUUUUAUCUGUUUUCGCGAUACAGAGAUAAUGACGAAUUCGCAUGUGUUAUAUUUGUUAAGUAAAUUCAGAUAAUCAACAUGUAGAAUCGUGCAAUAAAUUAUCAUAAACAUUAUUUCUAAAAUUUACGUAAGAUUUGAAUGAUAAUUAACCAUGAAAAUUGAUUGGCUGUGCUAGAAUUUGGGAAAAAAAAACUCACAAAAAACAUGAACCUUUCGUCAAAGAGACAACCAAAAUACAAUUUUGGUUUGUUAGAGACACCAAAAACAUCCGACAGUAGGGAGGCAACUUACCAGGGUGCCAGCAGUUCUUCUGUGCCAGGCACUAGCAGUCAAUCUUCUGUGCCAGGCACCAGCUUUGGACAAACACCAAGGACAUCCAGUUUAAGUUCAGGGAAUAGCCACAGUAACAGUACACAAGUAUCAGGGUUAAGUUCUAGUUCAUCUUCCAAACGUCCAAGAUACAAUGCUGGGAAUUCUAGUACUGGUAGUUCUGUAUCAUCAUCUUCAACACCUAAUGUGAGAUCCUCUACAUCCAGAACCUCUAACCCUGGAUCAUCAACCAGAACUCCUCGUGGGUUUUCAUCAUCAGGAAGGACACCUGGGUCUCGGAGGACUCCCUAUACAGGCUCCAGUAUGACUCCAGGUGCUACUCCAGCUAGAAUUGACAGAUCAGCUCUUGUAGCUAUAGUCGAAGGAAGGGGACUUGCAAGAGGGGAGAUAGGUAUGGCAACAUUGGAUUUAAAGAGACCUGAACUAGUGCUGUCCCAGUUCUCGGACAUGUUAACAUAUGUAAAAACCAUCACAAAACUGCAGAUUAUUCACCCCUUAGAGAUCAUUUUACCCAGCACUGCCUGUGAGUCUGGUACUAUGACAAAUCUGUCGAAAUUUAUCACUGAUCAGUUUCAUAAUACGAGUAUUUCUACUGUUCAAAGGAAAUACUUCAAUGAAACAAAAGGGCUAUUGUAUGUUAAACAGCUGUGUGUCCCUGAGUAUAGCAGUGUAGAGCUUGAAGUUUCUUCAAAAUACUAUUGCCUUGCAGCAGUAGCAGCAUUGAUGAAAUAUCUAGAGUUCAUACAGAACACAAUAUAUGCUCCUGCUUCACUCAAAAUUGUCUUCAAGGGAAGUGAAAACACUACUAUGAUUGAUGUAUCUACUGCCAAGAACUUAGAGCUGUUGCAGAACCAACGUGAUCCUCACAGUGACCACACCCUGUAUGGUAUCUUAAACUAUACAAAAACAGUUGCGGGAGCAAGAUUGCUUAGAUCUAACAUUCUUCAACCACCUUCAGAUAUAGAUACCAUCACCCUCAGACAAGAUGCUGUAUCAGAGCUAAUUGAGAAGCCUGAAAUAUUCUACAAUCUUGAGGCUGUAAUUGGCCGAUUUCUUGACAUAGACCAUCUACUGUCCUUGUGUGUACAAGUACAAAAACAGGAGAAUGUGAAAACUGCAGAGAACAAGAUAACUAAUGUGAUGUACUUGAAACAUACCCUGGAGUUAGUGACACCUCUAAAAGAAGCCCUUGGGGAUUGUGAAAACCCUCUACUCAUGGCAUCCUAUAAGGUUUUAGAAGACCCUAGAUUUGUGUUGAUGUUGGACAAAAUAAACUGUAUCAUACAUGAAGAUGCCAGGUACCAGAAGGGAACACUCAAUAUGAGAUCCCAGAAAUGUUUUGCUGUAAAGCCAAACAUGAAUGGACUCCUUGAUAUAUCGAGGAAAACAUACACUGAAAUGGUUGAUGACAUAACUGACCUUGUGAAUCAGAUGGCAGGUGCAUACAAUCUUCCACUAAAGGUAGCAUACAGUACCACUAGAGGCUUUCACAUACAGAUGUAUGGAGGUGGGGCAGAGGGCUACACUGCAGACAAUCUGCCAGGCAUUUUCAUGAAAGUCACAAAGUUUAAAAACACAUUUAGCUUUACCACUGCAGAUCUUAUAAAGAUGAAUGGUAUGUUGAAAUAUCAAAAAGUUCUUCAAAAAAAAUUCUUCAAGGCUUAUAGAGUGAAGGAAUCCUUGCAUGAGAUAUACAUGAUGACAAGUAUAGUGAUGACAGAGCUGUUAAACAAUAUUCGUGAUGAUAUUGGAGCAUUGUACAAGUUGACAGAGACUGUAGCUACCAUUGACAUGCUGCUGUCCUUUGCGCAUGCAUGUACACUGUCAGACUUUGUGAGACCAGAAUUCACUGACACAUUUGCAGUUAAACAAAGCAGGCAUCCUAUCUUGGAGAAGAUAUCUAUAGAACAUCCUGUACCAAAUAACAUUUAUGCUUCAGAAGACAGCAACUUUGUGGUAAUUACAGGUCCGAAUAUGAGUGGAAAGUCUACAUACCUGCGUCAGAUUGCCUUGCUACAGAUCAUGGCCCAGAUUGGUUCAUUUGUACCAGCUGAGUAUGCCUCAUUUAGAAUAGCCAAUCAGAUCUUCUCUAGGAUAGGUAGUGAUGAUGACCUUGAAACAAACUCGUCAACAUUUAUGAUGGAGAUGAAAGAGAUCAACUACAUUAUUCAAACAGUUUCUGCAAAUUCUUUGAUUAUAAUUGAUGAACUUGGAAGGGGAACAAGUGUAGAAGAAGGAGUUGGCAUUUGUUUCUCUAUCUGUGAACAUCUUAUUGCUACCAAGGCCUUCACAUUCUUUGUGACACAUUUUCGAGAGUUGACAAUGCUUGACAGCUUGUAUCCAAAUGUAGAAAAUUAUUUCUUUGAGAUACACAGAAGUUUUAGUAUUGAAGCAAAUUGUGAAAAAGUUGUUUACACACAUAUGUUGUCGAAGGGAAAGACAGAAGAAAAACAUUAUGGUAUACAGUUGGCUGAAAUUUCUACACUACCUCAGUCUGUAGUGACAAAUGCCAAACAGCUUGCUAUAAAAAUAGAAGAGGAGAAAAAGAACAGUGAGAAGCAGGACAAGGAGAUCUGCCGACAGAGAGCAGUGUUCAAAUUGGCAACAAGACUGGUUCAAGCAGCCAGAAGCUCUAGGCUUGAUGAUGAUAGUCUCAGACAAUAUGUUGCCUCUCUCAAGAAAAAAUAUGAAGAGGAAGUUCUCAGUCUUGAAGAGUGAUACAGAGAUAUUAUUACGUAUGUUAAAUCUAUGGGAAAAAUCACCUGUGGACAGAGACCAUCAAUCCUGUCUUCGUAGGGCAGAAACUUUGUGUUUUUUAUUAACAGUUACUUUGUAUCAUGAACCUUGAUUAAAGACAUCUGCAGAUAAAGAUGUUUAGCAGAAAUAAGAAACUGUUGAUAUAAAUUUUUAUGUUUUAUCUCCUCUUGUUAAUUGAGCAUUACACAGCAAAUAAAAUCUACUAUUGAUUUGAGUGUAUAAAAAGUCUAUGUUUAGACUUUUAAAUGGAAGUAAUCUGCUUUUUGCCUGUUUUCAGUUUUGAACAGGAUGUGUUAUAAUUAUGUUAUGAGCUGUCCAUCAUCUGUACAUCAAAAGGGUUGCCACUGGACUUGAAAAAUCAGCGAUUUGUUUUUAAGGUCAUUGAAUUGUUGGAGAAUUUUGAAAAAGUCUGGGAAAAAUCAAAUUCCCAAACAAAACGUCAACAAAAAUUAGUUGUUAUGGCAGUCUUCUGGUAGUAUUUAUGUCUGUACUAAUUUUUUUUUCAAACAUUUUAUAAUAUUAAUAAAAGAAGCGUUUUUUGCAAAUAUACCAUUUUUAAAACGUUUACAAAUCCUCUGAUAUUCAGUAUAUAAACAAAAAUUGAAGCUGAAACGAUUUUGGACCCUUGCUAAGAUGAUCAUAAUAAGUAACCUCUGUAAGAAAAUACAGUAUGCUAGAGUAACGUUAAAUGUGGUUUAAGUGUAACUGCCUGCAAGUAUUAUUAUUAUUACUAUGUUCUGAUACCAUUUUGUUUCAAGAAAACUUUUGACUGUGUGCACGAAAAUCUUCUACUGUUCUUUAAGUCUCGUAUUUACUAUUAUGAUGAUAUUAAAAUAAGGAGACACCUUAACAUAGAUGAUUUUAUAUUCUUUUUUUAAUGUUGAAUAAGCAUAAUGAUUGAAAGAUGUUGAUUUCUUCUUUAUCUUUGUAUUGAUAGAUUGUGCGGUUUACAUUGUUCAUUAUUAAUUAUUUUAUUAAUUUUUGGUUUUGACACUUCGCUAACAUCAUCAGUAUGACAGCCCGGACACAGUUUCGUUUCAUCGAAACUGUCAUCCGACUAUAUGUACUCCAUCAUCACUUUACUAUUUAUUUUUAAAAGUUCUUCAUCCGA